GAUCUUGGCGCCUUGGUGUGAACGGAGGCUAGACCAAAGUGGGUUUCUAGAGAUGUUUUUAUAUAGACUAAUAUUUUCAUUUACUAACUCUGGAUCGCAGAUCUAACUGAAUCUCCUGAUCGCUUGAAACACAAGAACGAGACAGUCGCAUGUUGAACAUGCCAGCUGCUAUUUUUGUUGUGCCUUUUUAUUGAUUUGUCAGUAUUGUGUGUCCGGCUAGCAGACUAGCUAGCGGCUACUGCGCAACAGCACAAUGAGUACUGCCAAGGAGAUCAAGCAACUACAGAAAGCCAAAAGCAAAGCCCAGGUCAGCAAUAAUCUAAAGGAGGAGGCCAGUCUGUGCAAUCAGCUCGGAGAACUCUUAGCCAAGAAUGGUGAUUACCAGGCGGCCAUAGAGGAGCAUCGGCAGGAGCUGGCGCUGUCUGAGGUUCUGCAUGACGUCAUCGGCUGCGCUGUAGCCAAUCGGAAGAUAGGAGAAUGUUACGCAGAACUUGGAAACAUCGAAGCUGCUCUCAAGCAUCAGAGACUGCAUCUGAAUCUUGCUCGCUCUGUAAAUGAUGCGGCUGAGGAGCAGAGAGCUCUGGCCACCAUUGGUCGCACUUACCUCUUCCUUCAUGACUCCGAUCAGUCCCGGGACAGCCUGAAGCAGGCAGAAGACGCUUUUAAGAAGAGCCUGGCUAUACUGGACGGACGAUUAGAAGGGACUGUGUCAGCAAGGGAGCUGAGUGAAAUGAGAGCACGUCUGUUGUUGAACCUGGGCUUUGUGUUUGACGGCCUGAAGGAACCACAACGCUGCAGUGAUUUCAUCCGCCAGAGUAUCUACAUCUCAGAGAAGAACAAUCUGCUAGAGGAUCUCUACCGUGCCAACUUCAAUCUGGGCAGCAUUCACUUCAGAAAUGGACAGCAUUCUCUUGCAAUGCGCUGCUUUGAGAAGAGCAAGGAGUGUGCACGCAAGAUGACUGACAAGUUUAGCGAGAGUGAGUGCUUCUACACCAUCGGCAAGGUUCUUCUUAAUCUGGGUGAUCUGCUGGCAGCCCGUCGCUCUCUGAAGAAAGCCUUCCGCCUCGGUUCCCAGCAGCCUACAGAACGAGAGGCAGUCAAGAGAGACCUGAGAUAUGCAAUCCGUGGCUGUCAGCUGGAGGAAGCUAUGGCAGCUGUCACUAACACCGUCUCUCAGGAGGCUUUGGGUCUUGCAGAGGGACUGGGAGAUCUCUAUUGCAAAGUGGGCUGCUAUUCCAAAGCUCUGGAGGCUUAUCAAACACAGCUGUCAUGUGCCGAACAGUUGGGGAAACCUACACGAGAGCUGGCUGUAAUCCACGUCUCUCUGGCGGCCACUUAUUCUGACCUGCGUCAACACAGCAAAGCUUUAGAGCACUACAGACGUGAGCUGAAGCUGAGAGAAGGCAAUCCCAAAGAGGAGUGUGAAACGUGGCUGAACAUCGCGAGCUGUCAGGAGGAGCACGGUGUGAGCCUGAGGGAGGUGGACAACAGUUAUACUGCUGCUCUGAAUUGUGCUGAGCGAGCAGCUCAAAGCAAACUCCAGAGACGUGUUUUGAGGGUGUGGCUACAGGCACAAAAGCGUGCUAGGUCAGCAGGCGCUGAUGCCACUGAGGCUCGUCUCCAGGAGCUGUGUGAGGAAGAGGGCUGCCGGAUGGAGGACAGUGACGAAGAAGAGGAGGAAGAGGAACUGCAGAAUAGUGAACCUCUGGACAGUGACAUCCAGUUCUCAGAUUCUGAUGAUGAUCUGGAGGGCUAUAAUAAGCUUGUGACUGGCAGGAGGAAAACUGGCAGGUGGAAUCGCCGCAAUGAGAAGGGUGAAACUGCCCUCCAUCGAGCCUGCAUUGAGGGCAACUUGAAGCAGGUCCAUUACCUGGUAGAGCAGGGCCAUCCACUAAACCCCAGAGAUCACUGCGGCUGGACUCCAUUACAUGAAGCUUGCAACCAUGGCCAUCUAGGAGUUGUAGCCUUGCUGUUGGACAAAGGGGCAAACAUAAAUGAUCCUGGUGGUGCGUACUGUGAUGGAGUAACUCCUCUGCAUGAUUCCCUGAGUUGUGGACACUUUGAGGUAGCACGGCUGCUGGUGCAGAGAGGGGCUUCUGUUAACGUCCGCAAUAACAAGGGUGACAAACCUCUAGACACCUUGCGACAGUGGCUAAAGACGUAUGGUCGUGAACUGGACCAAGAAACGCAGCAGGAUUGUUCAGAAACUGAGAAACUCCUGAAAAGAGCGUUGACGGGAGCAGUGGCAGCUGUGCCUGUGACUCCACAACCUCUACAGGACAGUCAGCUGUUUGACGCUGAGUACUCAGAGCCCCUGCUACAGCACAGUGAGUCCCAUCCUGUAUCCCAGCAUGCCUUGAUCAAUGCACAUACCCCUCCGGAGGCCAGUACUCCUCCUAGACCUCCCAGGCGAUCCACUGGCCCCCGGCACCAACCCCGGGGGACUGAGGAGAAUGUUCUGUUUGGGAAUGAAAGCGGCUCCUCUGAGCACUCGGACUCUGAGAUCAGCCCACUGCGUCUCGUGCGGCCAAGACUUCGCUUUGCAAAUGUCUCUCCAUCCCCACAAGAAGCUUGUGCCACUCAGGAUAUUCCUGCUCCACAUGGGGGUAGAAAGACGGAUUUGCCCUCACAGCCUCGCUCUGACAGAGAGGAAUACCACAGGGCCAUUCAAAACCUGGGCAGUGCAAAGUCCCGUCUUCUCUCUCAGAGCCAAUCAGAGCCAGCAUUCAGCAACACACCGGCAGUAUCAACCAAUGAUCUGUCAGCUCUAGUCCCAGAGGAGUUUUACUUGCAAGACGACUGGCUGGAAGAUGACUUGGGGAGCGUUCAGCCAAAAAAGAAACGGAGGGUUGUGUCGGAACAGGAAAGCAGAUGGAACAGUGUGACCUCUAGAAACCAAAGUCGUGCAUCUGGAUCAUUUGAGUCGUCUGCUAGAGGUCAGUCAUCUUCCAGCAGGAGUCUCUCUCUGAAAAAGAAUAACAAAGCCCGCCAAGUGAAGAUGAGUCAACUGCCUGGUAUGGUGAUGCUGGGCAGAAGAGAGGUCACCAGGUCACCCAGUCCCAUCAUUACCCCUGUUGAUGAGCCCCCUCAGGUUGGAUGUCCUCAGCCAUACAGCACACAGACAGUGCCACAGGCUAUACCUCAGACCUCAGCAGCCCCAUUGCCUGCACCAAUCAGGAUGAGAGUCAGAGUUCAGAACAACAUCUUCCUUAUUCCUGUUCCACACAGUGAGGCCGACUCCUGUACUGUGGCGUGGCUGUGUGAGCAAGCUGCUCAACGUUAUUAUCAGACCUGUGGGCUUCUUCCACGUCUCUCUCUGCAGAAAGAGGGCGCUCUGCUCUCACCUGCAGAUCUGCUGCUGGCUGUUCUGCACACCAACGAGGAGGUUUUGGCAGAGGUCUGUUCCUGGGAUCUCCCUCCUCUUCCUGAGCGAUAUAAGAAAGCUUGUAAGAGUUUAGGCGUGGAAGAGAAUGGGCGUGUGUUGAGGUUAUGUGAAGUGCAGGACGGAUCUCCUCAUGUGUGUGUAUGUGGUCUUAGUCUGGUUCCAGCAAGCCUGUCUCCCCUCCUGCGUGCUCUUAAACUCCAGAGCAGCCUCACAGAGCUCAGACUCUCUGCCAACCGUCUUAAUGAUGACCUCCUUCCUGAGCUCAUCUCUGCAGCAACCACCAUGCCCCUCCUUCGUCUUCUUGAUAUCUCAGCCAAUCAGAUCACAGGAGAAGGCAUUAAGAAGGCAGCUAGUACACUAGAGGGAAGGACUCAACAUGCUUUUCCGUGUCUGGAGGAGCUGAAUGUGAGUAUGAAUCCUCUUGGAGAUGGCUGGUCUCAGGCUCUGGCAAGUUUAUUGUCCUCCUGCCCCCUUCUGGCUACUCUGACUCUGCGAGCCUGUGGCCUCACUGCUCGUUUCCUUCAGCAACACCGGCUCUUGCUGGUCAGUGCUCUCACAGGUACUGGUCACUUACGGUCAGUGUGUCUGUCCCAGAAUGCAUUGGGUGCUACAGGGUUUGAGUUAGUGUUGAAGACAUUGCCACUACUACAGCUCACACACCUGGAGCUUAAUGCUGUGUGUAAGGGUCCCUCAGAUCAGCCUGCUCUGGACCUCCUCAGCAAACUUCUAACACAGGGUGACUGCUCACUUACACAUCUGGGCUUGGCUGCAAAUGGACUGACUGAUCAAAGUAUCAGAUCUUUCACAAGGUGUCUCCCUCUUUGUCCAUCCCUUGUGUCUCUGGACCUGUCAGCUAAUCCCUCUGUGACCUCAGCUGGACUUCAUAGCAUCCUACAUGCUCUUGGGGAAGCACGACAACCUUUGACUCUCCUUAACCUUCAAGGUUGCCAGGUGUGUGGGCCAUGGGACAUGGCGUGUUUGGAGAGCCUGGCUGAGCACGUUGAGGAUCUGCGACUGUGCUCUCAAAGGCUUAACAAACUGGAUCAGGAGAUACUGCGGCGGAGCUGGCCAGGCUGUAUCCUGACGCGUAACUCCAAGUGCCUGCUCAGUAUGACUCCUGUUCCACGUUAACUCGCACUGUAGCAUUUGUGCAGUCACUGGAGAAUUGAACUGAGCCAAAACCAGUGCUGGUGUUUUUCCUCUGUUGGACUCUUUCCCCUCCUACUCCAUGUUCCAUCUUUUGUAUUUAUGUACAAAUAUAUUUGUGUAAGAUGUAUUUAAAUGUGGUGACUUGGUGUGGUGACAUCAGUCAGAAUGUACGCGUGUUGCAGAAGCAGUAAAGGUUUUUGUGUUCAUUAGAAGCAGCUUCUGUUACUAAUGCAGCCCUGUCUUAGAAACAUUCAGCAUUAAAAAUAAAAACAGAAUGAACUGACAGAAGAGCUGAGCAGAGCUUCUCACAAUGCAGAGCGAUAUUCAUUCUUGCAUUGAUCUUAAUUUGGAUCCUGUAAAGGAAAUGUACUAAUAAAUAAGAAACUAUACAAAUGUGUGCAAGUGAUAUAUAAAAUCAAGAUAUCAAUGAGACCCAAACGUUGUUAAAUGUAUUAAAAGUCACA